AUGGAUCUAGAAGAGCCCGGGUUUGAUGAGCCUUUUAACCUUGAUGAACGUGUGGAUUUUAUAAGCUCUCGUCUAAAAAAUUCGUACACAUACUGAGCAAUGAAAAGACUAGCUAAAGAAGAAAUUAUCAAACCUAAAUACAAGCAGCAAGACUUAGAAGAAAAUUUUCCUAAAAUUCUCAAAGAUUUAGAAGUUGAUAUAAAAUUCAAAAACAAAAUAAACGAGCUCUACACAAGCAUGUUUUCAUUAGACUCCAACAAUAAUUUCGCUAUUUCCCUCAUGCAUGGGCUUGAUGCUUCAAAACCUAUCCCUCCGCUUCCACCUUAUUUUACACAUGUACAUGUAGAGCCAUUAGAGUCGGUUACAGCUGCAAGGCAGCAAUGGACACAAUUUGUGCGAACAAGGUAUUUAUCAUUAUCCUACGAACUUGACAAGCCACUUGUAAGUGUCAGAAAAACUCCUUGGCAAUUUGCUAUUCCUGAAGAAAGAAAAGAUGAAGGCGACGAAGAAAUGGAAAGAAAAAAUGAAAAAAUUGAAGAGAUUCCAUUUGUCUAUGACGAUGAAAAUAUGCUUAUUCACCCCCCUCGUGAGCGAACAAAACCAUUAGAAAAAUCCCUAUUUUUUGUCCAAAAACCCACCCCCCGCGAGCGAACAAAGAUGUUUUAAUAGAAAAUUUUUUAUGGAAAAAAUUUUUGAUAUAUAAGUGAUAAUUAGUAGAAAUCUCGAGCUAAUUCUGUUAAUUUUAAAUAAAUUGCGUUUUUAAACAUAAAUUUUACAAAUUAAAUUAAUAUUUACUUUCCAAUUUUUUGCGAAGUGGAUUUUUUUUAAAUUUCAAAAAAAAAAAAAUUUCAAUAAAAUUUAUGUAAAAAAAUUAACUUCCUCCCUUUCCGAGCAAGAUUUUUUAGUUCUCUCACGGAGGGGGGAGUUAAUACAAUUCUGUCAAUAAAUAAUGGGAAUUUCAGGAAGGAUUCUAUUGAGUGGGGAAGUAUAAAAUUACACAUAAGAACCCCACCUAUUGAUAUGCUAAGAUCUCAAUAUGAAGAACUCGACGUCUGCUACAAGCAUUUAGGAGUUGACGAUGACAGAGCUUUCAUGGAUGAAAGAACUGCGAUAGGAGAAAAGUUGCUCAACAAAGACUAUGUGCCUUAUAUGGUGCAGUACGCAAAAAGAGGCAUUCCAAAUUCAUUAAGGUGCAGGUUUUAUAUGAAAAUCCUUGAAGUGAAUAUAUCGUCAAAGGAUCAAAGUUAUUUUGACUAUUUAAUAGAGCAGACACAAAAAUGGGAGCUCUCGCUUGAUAAAGUAAUUCUUUAUGAUGCAAGAGACGUGUGCAAUGACGAUAGGUUUUUUAUUUUUCAUGAAGUUUUAGAAAAAAUAUUUAUGGCGUUUGUUAGAGACCCUUGGGUGGGCGAAAAUUUAAGGGCUCUUCCAAAUCUCCCUUUAACAGGGAUCUCUAAUGAUGGGCGAUCGAUAGGGAAUGUCCCACCAUGCUCAGUUAUACCUUUCAAACGGUUCUCUCGCUAUAUCGCACCUUUUACAUUUGUCUCUGAUAAACCUGAAGAGUGCUAUUUUGUCUUCAGAAAUUUUUACUGCAAAUAUUUGUGCUAUCUUCAUAGUUUGACUUCGGAUGAGCGAGGCAUAAUUAGUCUCUGUCGUCUUUUUGAAGAUGUUUUGCAAGCUUAUGAUCCAGACAUGGUUUAUAAAUUAUACCAGCUUGGGGUAUCUCCAUUAAAAAUUGCUUUUCCUUGGAUAUUUUACUGCUUUAUAGGAUUUAUAGAAGUUGAGCAGACUUUUAUGCUGUGAGAUAGGAUUAUUGGAUACGAUAGCCCCGAAAUUGUGGCAUUACUAGCAGCUUCAUUGUUUAUUUACAGAACAGAUUUGAUUAUGCAAUGCUCAUCUCAAGAAGAAAUUGAAGAUUUAUUUUAUGACCUUCAGCAUGUAAAGGUUAUGCCUCUUUUGCAAAACUUUUUAUUUAUUGAAAAAUAUGUUGUUUAG